AUGGAUCUUUCUGAAUCGGGAGGUUUCCUCUCAAAUUCUCUUCCCUCUCCUUCCCCAAGCAAUGCUUCAGUCAGCUCUAUCUCAUCCAAUCUACCGCAGCCACGUACGAAACCUCUUCGUGCUGGAUCGGCAAAAGAACAAGCUGCAAGACGCUAUGUAGAAAACAAAUUACUUCAUAUCUCAAGGCGAUACACCAAAAAAUUUGCGGAUGCCGCAGAAGGAAAUACGGUAACCGGUUAUGUAAGUAUGAAAGAGGUAGCCAAGGACAUUUCCGAGAUAAUAGAUGUGCUCUGGCUCUCGGGUACACCGAAUUUGCAAAUUCCAUAUUUAUUCAAUAUUGCUCUCACAAUGAGUACAUAUCCCACAAAAUUCCCUCCAGCUCCAGUUACAACCUUUGCUGUUCUGAGAAAGCUAGAUCAUGCAUUCGCUAGUUUGCUGAGAGGGGAAGACUCUGUUACAGGGGAGGUUCUGCCUGGCUUCCAGUCAUGUAGGAGGGCGGGAAUGAGCCAGACUGACAUGGUUAGAUGCAGAAGUAUAGUCGAGGACACCAGGGUGAUGAUUGUGGAUGUCAUGAGUAGGGAAGUAGAAUCAGAAACAGAAACGGAGAAUGAAGGUGAUGGUGACGAUGAAACGAGCAACGGAGCCGACGGCAUGGAUUUGGAUGGGGAGGAUGACUCAGAUUACGACAAUGAUGAACUUGCUAUGGACAUAGCUAGAGUUUACGGGGCUACGAUCAUGGAACUUGGAGAAAGACUAGAAAGUGGCCCUAACAUUGGGAUUGGGCAUAAUGUGUCGUGA